UAUAAGUCAAAAGUCACCAGCCCAUUCAAACGGCCUCUAGUUCCCUCAACCCGACCCAUUAACCCAACGGCCCGUCCAGCCAACAACAGUUCAAUCUCAGGUGAAUCUAACUUCAAAAAAAUUUCACCGGGAAAUCAAGAUUCCAAGUAUCUCCGAGAUAUGGAUGUUACUUUGGCUACAAUAUUGUUGGGUAUCUUGUUAUCUCUGCUUAUUGUCAUACCAAGACUGUACAGUAAAUCUGAUCAGCCCAAAAAGGUCACCUUGAAUGCUCAAAAUAAGGCAGUAAAAUCAUAUAGCAAAGCCGAAGUUGCACUGCAUAACAAGAGAACUGAUUGCUGGAUUAUUAUCAAAGAUAAGGUGUUUGAUGUUACCUCGUAUGUCGAAGAACACCCAGGGGGUGAUGCUAUCCUAGCACAUGCUGGAGAUGAUUCAACUGAAGGUUUCUAUGGGCCACAACAUGCUACACGCGUAUUUGAGAUGAUUGAUGACUUCUGCAUCGGAGAUCUUGAAAAAUAAUUGCUUGCUUUGAUUGAUUGGUUAGAAAAUGUUAUCUGAAGACAAGAUUCGAGGGGCUCGCAUGCCUCGUGAUGAAGCAUCAGUUAUGUCUACGAAGACCUAUUGCCAUCUUCCCAUAUCAAGCUCUGCAUUGCUGAUUUUCCCGAGUUCAGUUGUACUGUCAUCUACUUUGUUAAUCAGCUUAGCAUGGAUUUGAAACCCAAUUUUUCAUGCCCUUUGGUGUAUGUGCCUUGGCAUCUAGUUAUUGUUAUUUCCAAUUUCCAUGCCUUGUGUUCCUUAGUCCCCUUCAAGUUGACAGAGUA